AUGUCAAAAAUAAAGGACCUCAUCUAUCCGGGUCGGUCCAAAAUCAAGGAUCCGGAGGUCCAAAAGAAAAAGAUGCCAGACUUGAACGUAUCACCUCCGAUGCCACCAAAGAUGAAAAAGUCGAGGUCCGUGCACGUGACAACACCUAAGUAUCCGGAUACCGCACCAGACUCAGGCUCAUGCUACAGAGACUUUCAGGCGGCGAGACACAGUGACCAUGUGCCCACGCAGUCACGUUUCGCGGAGCCUGACACCGAAUUAUGGGAGGACACCCGUGGAUAUAUUGAUGAGUUGAUCCGAUCGUCACAAUUUUCAGCAGCAGGGCCGAGUAAUGAGCAUACAACCGAACCCUCAUUCUUAGAUCAGUUGUUCGGCGCAGCCGAACCCGCGUACUAUCCUGUGCCACCAACAGGCGUAGUGGAUCAGUUAUUCAGUGCCGAUACUUAUUUUCCUGCAGGUCCUAGUACUCCGAUGCCAGCUGCACCAUCAUCGUACUUUGAUUUUUUCACUACGCCCACACAACCUUCGAUGCCACCAGCACCAUCACCUCCGAUGCCACCAGCACCAGCACCAUCACCAAUAUCUCCCAUAUCAGCUGAGCAGCAAUUGGCUGCUCUACCAUGGUGA